GCACGACAUUUGACUCGACUCCUCCCAGUUCACGAUCCGAGACUUCAAGAUGAAGAGCGAUUGCGGGCACGCACACACCCACAUACAUCCGCUGAUAUCUACUCAAGACUGAUUGACGCGACCAUCGAACCACAUCAGCAGCGAGCAUCACGUCAAAGGCUAGACCUGCCAAGUGAAAGGCGUUCGAAUCUCGUUCAUCUUGGGAAAGGACCACACAGAAGGACAUUUGCCCAUCGACUGGCGAUCGAACCUGAGCUCAGCUCCAUCAGAAAUGGCAGACACGCAGCAAAAUGCCACAGAGAGCGCAGCGCCCGAUUCCUACGCAGGUGGCUCAACUCAGACCUCGACCGGUAAUGCAGAUGCAGUGCUCAACGUGUCAGGUCUCGAUCAGUCAGACUCGCAAGCGGAGGUGCGAUCACCAUGGAGAGAAGUCAGACUAUUUUUGCCUCCCGAUACCGCUGGACCUUCAACCGCAAGCCGAAUAGCAUCUUCGGACUCUGACCCCAAACCUACCGCCGCUGAGCUCAAAGCUGCAUUUGGAGGCGCACUGUCAGGCCGCAAUGGACCGGACGCUCCGCUGAUGACCAAAGCGAUGAGGGAGAAGGAGGACGCCAGGCUGGGGAGGGUCAAGAAGCAGUACACUGAUGUGAGGAUACGAAUCAGAUUCCCAUCCAGACAUCAAUUGGAAGCCGUCUUCCCCAUCGAAGCCACGAUCAACGCCGCCUACGAUUUCGUGCGCUCCCAUCUCAAUGCUCAAGGGCAGAAAGCGUCAUUCAUCUUGUACCAAACACCUCCGAAGAGGGAUUUGGGAGAAAAGGAUGUCAAGUUGAAAGGGAAAACUUUUGGGGAGAUGGGAUUUGCGCCACAGGCAGUGCUGAUGCUGAGGUGGGAAAAGGCGGAUUGGAACACCUCAACAUCACAAGCAUACCUGUCCAAUGCGUUGCUGCAACAGGCAAGCCCUUUGCCUGCACCGCCUUCCUUCGAGCAACAAGUCAACUCUCCUCAUGCAGCUCAGACCAGUCAAAAACCGACCGAAGAAAAAGCAACGGGCGAGAAAAAGAUGCCAAAGUGGCUCAAAGGAUUGCAGAAAAAGUGAAUCACGUCACAUUCAUCGCGCGCACGCAGAGCUCGAUUCAUGAUUGUACAAUUUCAGCCUUUGACAUGCAGGAUGUGAGAUCGAG